GCUCAAAGCGAUUUUCAGUGCUCGACGGACUCUUGGCGAAUGUGGACGGUUUUGGGAUUAUCGGUAAAAUCGUGUGGAGUAAAAGUGAAGUGAAAAUAGCAAUAACCCUAAGAGUUUAUUUCGCAUAUUUUUGUUAUUGCUUUCGCUGAAAUGAGAACAAAUUACCAGAACCAUCAACUCAAAGCAAUGCUUUGACAUCAGUCAAUAUAAAAUGUCCAUUAACUGUGCAAAAGUAUUAACGAGUAAUUAAAGAUCUCCCGUAAUUUUCCAUAGAGUUCAAUGCAAAACUGCUAUAAGGAAGUGUUUGCUGGAGCAAGGCGUCAAAGCUAUUGUCAUCAGUGCCAUCGCAACUAGCAGCAGCAGCAGGUUACUAAACUGCAACAAUAACUAACAACAACAAUCAUAAGUACGAACAAAAAUAAGAUACAACGAUUAACAACUAACGACUGUCAUCAUCGGCACCAACAACUGCAAUAACAACCGCAACAGCCAGAAACAACAAUACGUUCGAUUAGUGAUGUAGUCUUGCUAUUGACACAGCAUUGCAUCUCUUCGAUCCGCUUCGACGCCUCGUUUUGAUACAAAAAUUAUUCCAAAACCCCCACAACAAAAAAUAAUAAUAAUAAUAAUAGAAAUCUUAACAAAAUCAGCAUUAAUAGAAAAUAAAAUAUUUUCAUAAUAUUAUAUUAGCGCAAAAUAUUUGUACCUGCUGUUUAAAAUGAGUGUUAAAAGGUUAGCCCCAGCGUGGGGCCAUCAAAGCCAGCACCACUGCCGGCUGUGGCAGCACCAGCGACAGCAGCAGCAGUCGGGGCGAUUGCAAUAUUUCAAUGUUGCCGGCAGUAUUGGAGUUAGCAACAAAAUAUGCUUUAUAUUUGCCAUUAUAUUCAUCAUUUGCUUGGAUGUGCAUUGUCAAGAUAAAAUGUACAGUUUAACAGAAAAACAACGCUACGAUGGCUGGUAUAACAAUUUAGCGCAUCCAGACUGGGGAUCUGUUGAUAGUCACUUGGUGCGGAAGGCGCCUCCUUCGUAUUCCGAUGGGGUCUACGCUAUGGCCGGUUCAAAUCGUCCGUCCACGCGUCGACUGAGCCGAUUAUUCAUGGGCGGCCGAGAUGGUUUAGCGUCCAAGCACAAUCGCACAGCCUUUUUGGCGUUUUUUGGUCAAGUGGUGGCCAAUGAAAUUGUGAUGGCUUCCGAAUCGGGUUGCCCCAUUGAAAUGCAUCGUAUUGAAAUAGAAAAAUGUGAUGAAAUGUACGAUCGUGAAUGCCGCGGGGACCGUUAUAUACCGUUCCAUCGCGCUGCAUACGAUCGUGAUACAGGACAGAGCCCGAAUGCACCACGUGAACAGAUAAAUCAAAUGACUGCUUGGAUUGAUGGCAGUUUCAUUUACAGCACCUCGGAGGCGUGGCUCAAUGCUAUGCGGUCGUUUCACAAUGGCACUCUUCUGACGGAAAAAGGUGGCAAAAUGCCAAUUAAGAAUACAAUGCGUGUGCCCCUCUUCAACAAUCCAGCGCCAAACGUGAUGAAGAUGCUAAGUCCAGAGCGUUUAUUUUUGCUUGGUGACCCGCGAACAAAUCAAAAUCCCGCUAUACUCUCCUUUGCCAUACUAUUUCUACGUUGGCACAAUACCCUCGCGCAACGCAUCAAGCGAGUCCAUUCCGAUUGGAGUGACGAGGAUAUUUUUCAGCGUGCCCGUCAUAUGGUCAUCGCAAGUUUACAAAACAUUAUUAUGUAUGAGUACUUACCAGCUUUUCUCGGAUCCGGUGUAAACCCCUACGAAGGUUACAAGCAAGAGAUACAUCCCGGUGUUGGUCAUAUUUUCCAAGCGGCUGCAUUUCGUUUCGGGCAUACAAUGAUACCACCUGGUAUUUAUCGUCGCGACGCCAAAUGUAAUUAUAAGAAAACACCUAUGGGUUAUCCAGCAAUACGAUUAUGUUCCACUUGGUGGGACUCGAGCGAUUUCUUCACAGAUACCACGCUCGAAGAGGUGCUACUGGGUAUGGCAUCACAAAUUGCGGAACGUGAAGAUCCUGUGCUGUGCACAGAUGUGCGUGAUAAGCUGUUCGGACCCAUGGAGUUCACGCGUCGCGACUUGGGUGCUUUGAAUAUCAUGCGUGGACGUGAUAAUGGUCUGCCGGACUACAAUACGGCGCGUGAAGCUUUUGGGCUACCUCGACGUAAUGAUUGGAAGGAAAUCAAUCCAGAACUGUUUGAGAAAAAUCCCGAUUUGUUAAGAAUGCUGAUCUCUGCCUACAACAGUCGUCUGGAUGACGUGGACGUCUAUGUUGGAGGCAUGCUCGAGUCGUACGGCCAACCUGGCGAGUUCUUCACAGUUAUAAUAAAGGAACAAUUCGAGCGUUUACGAGACGCUGAUCGAUUUUGGUUCGAAAACGAACGAAAUGGUAUUUUUACACGAGAAGAAAUCGAAGAUUUGCGCAAGAUAACCAUGUGGGACGUUAUAGUAAAUAGCACAGACAUCAACGAUUCCGACAUACAACACGAUGUAUUCAUGUGGCGCGAAGGUGACCCCUGCCCACAGCCCAUGCAGUUGAAUGCUUCGGAAUUGGAACCUUGCCAAUACCUUGAGGGCUACGAUUACUUCUCCGGCUCGGAGUUAAUGUUUAUUUACGCAUGCGUAUUUCUCGGAUUUGUGCCCAUACUAUGCGCUGGCGCUGGCUACUGCGUAGUAAAAUUGCAGAAUAGCAAACGGCGUAAACUAAAGAUACGUCAAGAAGCUUUGCGUUCAGCACAAAAUAAAGGUUCUGUUGAUAAGAUGUUGGCACGUGAAUGGUUGCACGCGAAUCACAAACGAUUGGUGACUGUAAAAUUUGGACCGGAGGCGGCUAUCUACACUGUGGAUAGGAAGGGCGAGAAGUUACGCUCUUUCAGUUUGAAGAAUGUGGAUGUGGUGACAGUGGAAGAAUCGUCAACAAAUCAUAUAAAGAAAAAGCCAUACAUAUUACUGCGUGUACCCAACGACCAUGAUUUGGUGCUAGAAUUGGAAUCCUAUGGCGCGAGACGUAAGUUUGUUAAGAAGCUGGAAGACUUUCUCUUUCUGCAUAAAAAGGAAAUGACAUUGGUAGAAGUGAACCGCGAGAUCAUGCUAGCACGCGCUGAAACCCGAGAAAGGCGCCAGAAACGACUGGAGUACUUCUUCCGCGAAGCAUAUGCGCUAACAUUUGGCUUACGACCGGGCGAACGGCGACGCCGCUCCGACGCCUCCACUGAUGGAGAAGUAAUGACUGUUAUGCGCACCAGUCUCUCGAAGGCGGAAUUUGCAGCUGCAUUAGGCAUGAAACCGAACGAUAUGUUCGUACGCAAGAUGUUUAAUAUUGUUGAUAAAGAUCAAGAUGGGCGCAUAAGCUUUCAGGAGUUUCUUGAGACUGUUGUAUUGUUCUCGCGCGGCAAGACGGACGAUAAGCUGCGAAUUAUCUUCGAUAUGUGCGACAAUGAUCGCAAUGGUGUAAUCGAUAAGGGCGAGUUGAGCGAAAUGAUGCGCUCGUUAGUGGAGAUGGCGCGCACUACCAGCUUGGGUGAUGAUCAAGUAACCGAACUAAUUGAUGGCAUGUUCCAAGACGUGGGACUUGAGCACAAAAAUCACUUGACAUACCAGGAUUUCAAGUUAAUGAUGAAAGAAUAUAAGGGCGAUUUUGUAGCAAUCGGCUUGGACUGCAAAGGUGCAAAACAGAAUUUCCUUGACACCUCAACAAAUGUGGCGCGCAUGACUUCAUUCAAUAUCGAGCCAAUGCAGGAGAAACCGAGACAUUGGAUGCAAGAGAAGUGGGAUAGCUAUAUAACAUUCUUGGAAGAGAACAGACAAAAUAUAUUUUAUUUAUUUCUUUUUUACGUCAUUACGAUUGUGUUGUUCGUAGAGCGUUUCAUACAUUACUCCUUCAUGGCAGAGCACACGGAUCUGCGACACAUUAUGGGCGUGGGUAUUGCCAUAACGCGUGGCUCAGCGGCUUCGUUGUCUUUCUGCUAUUCCUUACUGUUGCUCACAAUGUCUAGAAACCUCAUUACCAAGUUGAAGGAGUUUCCCAUACAGCAGUACAUUCCGCUCGAUGCGCACAUACAAUUCCACAAAAUCGCAGCUUGUACUGCACUCUUUUUCUCGGUGCUGCACACCAUUGGCCACAUAGUUAAUUUUUAUCACGUCUCCACGCAAUCCCAUGAGAAUUUACGGUGCCUUACGCGUGAGGUACACUUCGCCUCCGACUAUAAACCAGACAUCUCUUUCUGGCUGUUCCAGACAGUUACCGGCAUCACUGGCGUUCUACUAUUUAUUGUCAUGUGUAUCAUUUUCGUUUUUGCGCAUCCAACUGUGCGCAAAAAGGCCUACAAAUUUUUCUGGAACACUCAUCAAUUAUACGUUGGACUGUAUUUGCUUUCACUCAUCCACGGCUUGGCGCGCAUCACCGGGCCUCCACGCUUCUGGAUGUUCUUCCUGGGGCCUGGUAUUAUUUAUACGCUUGACAAGAUCGUCUCUCUACGCACCAAAUAUAUGGCAUUGGACGUUAUAGAGACUGAUCUACUACCAUCAGACGUCAUCAAAAUUAAGUUCUAUCGUCCACCUAAUCUUAAGUAUCUCUCGGGUCAGUGGGUGCGCUUAUCUUGCACUGCUUUUCGGCCACACGAAAUGCACAGCUUCACGUUGACUUCGGCGCCUCAUGAAAAUUUCCUUAGUUGUCAUAUAAAAGCGCAGGGCCCUUGGACUUGGAAACUGCGUAAUUACUUUGAUCCUUGUAAUUACAAUCCGGAAGAUCAACCAAAAAUACGUAUUGAAGGCCCCUUUGGCGGUGGCAAUCAGGACUGGUACAAGUUCGAGGUAGCGGUAAUGGUAGGCGGUGGCAUCGGUGUCACGCCGUAUGCAUCUAUGCUGAACGACCUUGUGUUCGGUACGAGCACGAAUCGAUACUCGGGUGUAGCGUGCAAGAAAGUAUACUUCCUUUGGAUUUGCCCUUCGCAUAAACAUUUCGAAUGGUUCAUUGAUGUAUUACGCGAUGUGGAGAAGAAGGAUGUCACAAAUGUGUUGGAAAUACACAUUUUUAUAACACAAUUUUUCCACAAAUUCGAUCUGAGAACCACUAUGCUGUAUAUUUGCGAGAAUCACUUCCAGCGUCUAUCGAAAACGUCAAUUUUCACGGGUCUCAAGGCAGUAAAUCAUUUCGGUCGGCCUGAUAUGUCAAGCUUUUUGAAAUUCGUGCAAAAAAAGCAUUCAUAUGUAUCGAAAAUUGGCGUUUUUUCAUGCGGCCCAAGGCCACUCACCAAGAGUAUAAUGUCCGCCUGUGAUGAGGUGAAUAAAACGCGCAAACUUCCAUACUUCAUACAUCAUUUCGAGAACUUCGGUUAAAUUGAAUUGUAUUUUAAAGAGGUUUACAUAGAAAAACAACAGUAAUGCAAUCAUUAUCGCAACACACAGCCUUCAACAUCCACUCGUAACUCGAAAGCACCACUUGGUUCUCUGAGUCAGAGCUUACAUUUUACUUUGUAAGUAAUUUUUUAAAAAUAAUCGUCGUCACCCUUCGAACAAAUAAAAUGAAGAGGACUAAGCUUAAAAUUAAAUUAAAUCUAAUUAAAAAUGAUAUUAGUCAAAAUAGCGAUUUUCCAUUAUUUCCAUGAGUAUGGAAAUCUUCUCAUUAUGAAUUUUUCUAGAGAAAUUAAGAAUUGUCAUUGUAUUGAAUGUUUGCAUAUGUAUGUAUGUAUAUGUAUAUACUUUUACCACAUAUAUCAUCUUUUGUAAAAGUAUUGGUACUCUUACUACUCCAUAACAAACGAUAGUUGUAAUAUUAAUUAUUUUACGACUUAUUCUUUCAACUCAAGUUUAUUUAUUGAAUCUCAUUUGUUAUCCCUUUGUAAAAAUCUGAUGUAAUUAUUUAUUAUAUGAACUC